AACGGAGCGAUUCGAUUCAGUCUUUGACUAAGCGUUGCCGUCGUCGCAACCAAGUGGCGCAAACAGGGAUCGGGAUCGCGUUGAGCUCGGCUUGGGAUUGGGAUUGCGGCUGGGACUGGGACUGGGACUUGACUCGGGUUUCGGGAUCACAUCGGCUAAUACGGAAUUGGGUGUCCAAGUCAAUUUCACAUUCAGAAAGAUUAUCAAUAUGUGGAUACGGAUAUGGUCUAACAAUUGUAAAUAGUCAACAAAAACAAGCGAGUCCAAAAGUGCAAUGUCUGUAUGUGAUUAGAAGUUUCUAUUGUUUUCCUUACGCCAGAAAAUACGAUUAGAGGUUGCAGCAAAGCUUUAAAUAAUAAAAACAACAAUCAAUAAUCAAUAAAUGUGCAAUAUAAUACCCAAACGUGAUACGAAAUUCAAAUAUUUUCAAAAUAUUUCUAAAGUUCUAAACUAAGAAGUUGAAGUGAUAAAAAAAUUUACAAAAUAAAAAUGCCUACGAGUCGGACCUAGCUACAAAAAGGAUCUAAAAUUUUGGAUUUAAAACUAAAGUUCCUUUAAGUGCUCUCCAAUGGUGAUGGCCGUGAUACUUUUGCUGGCCCUGGCACUGGUACUUGGCUGCUACUGCGCUCUCCACCGGGAAGAGCUGGCGGCGAUCUACUUGAGGCCGCUGCUGAAGAACACGCCGCUGGAGGACUGCUACCAUGCCGCUCCCAUCGAGCAACCGAAGCCAAAAAAGCGGAGGGGCAUCUGGGACAUCCCUGGACCACGAAGGAUACCCUUUCUGGGCACCAAGUGGAUAUUCCUCCUUUUCUUUCGUCGCUACAAGAUGACCAAGCUGCACGAGGUCUAUGCAGAUCUCAAUAGGCAGUACGGCGACAUAGUACUGGAGGUAAUGCCUUCGAACGUACCAAUAGUGCAUCUGUAUAACCGCGAGGACCUGGAAAAGGUACUAAAGUAUCCCAGCAAAUAUCCUUUCCGGCCGCCAACUGAAAUCAUCGUGAUGUACCGCCAAUCCCGGCCAGAUCGGUAUGCCAGUGUGGGAAUCGUAAACGAGCAAGGACCUAUGUGGCAGCGCCUGCGAUCCUCGCUCACCUCCAGUAUAACCUCUCCCAGGAUAUUGCAGAACUUCCUGCCAGCCCUGAAUGCAGUUUGUGAUGAUUUCAUCGAACUGUUGAGGGCCAGACGGGAUACGGACACUUUGGUGGUGCCCAAUUUCGAGGAGCUGGCCAAUCUGAUGGGCCUGGAGGCUGUCUGCACUCUGAUGUUGGGUCGCCGGAUGGGUUUCCUGGCCGUCGACACCCAGCAGCCGCAGAAAAUCAGCCAACUGGCGGCGGCCGUGAAACAGCUUUUCAUCUCGCAACGGGACUCGUACUACGGUCUGGGCUUGUGGAAAUAUUUCCCCACCAAAACCUACAGGGAGUUUGCCCGGGCCGAGGACUUGAUCUAUGAUGUGAUCUCCGAGAUCAUCGAUCACGAGCUGGAGGAGCACAAGAACUCGGCCGAGUGCGAGGACGAAGAGGCAGCCGGCCUGCGGAGUGUCUUUCUCAAUAUACUGGAGCUCAAGGAUCUGGAUAUUCGGGACAAGAAGUCGGCUAUUAUAGACUUUAUAGCAGCGGGCAUAGAAACGUUAGCCAAUACACUGCUUUUUGUCCUGAGCUCUGUUACUGGAGAUGCUGUGGCCAUGCCUCGUAUUCUGAGCGAGUUCUGCGAGUAUCGGGACACGAAUAUCCUGCAGGAUGCUCUAACAAAUGCCACAUACACUAAAGCCUGCAUUCAAGAGUCCUACAGACUGAGGCCCACGGCCUUUUGCCUGGCCAGGAUAUUGGAGGAGGACAUGGAACUGUCGGGCUAUUCGCUCAGUGCAGGGACUGUCGUCCUUUGCCAAAACAUGAUUGCUUGUCACAAGGACAGCAAUUUCCAAGAGGCCAAGAGGUUUUCGCCGGAGCGCUGGAUAGAUCCUGCCACGGAGAACUUCACGGUGAAUGUGGAUAGUGCCAGUAUUGUGGUCCCUUUUGGAGUGGGUCGACGAACGUGUCCGGGAAAGCGUUUCGUGGAAAUGGAAGUGGUGCUGCUGCUAGCCAAGAUGGUCUUGGCAUUCGAUGUAAGCUUCGUAAAGCCACUGGAAACGGAAUUCGAGUUCCUGCUGGCUCCCAAAACUCCACUUAGUCUGAAGCUCAGAGAUCGGGUUUUUUGAUCAGAGCCAAGAUAUAGAAAAGUGAUCCCAAGACACUGCCUAACCUCAGGCGUUUUGUAUCAAAUACAACUAAAAUAGCUACGAACUGAACCAUUAAGUGAAAUUAAUGUAAAAUAUUAUUAGUUAAAAAAAAUAAUAUAUAUAUUUUUGAGGAGCCUGCACCAGCAGCCUAGUCUUGUGAAGAAAAAGCAAUCAAAACUAUUAUGAAUAUUAUUCAGAAUAUAUAUAUGCUGACUGUAUAUAGACGUACAUAGAUAAUCCUCUGUAUAUAAAGAUCGUUUUUUGUUUUAAA